AUGGUGCCUGUCACUUGUUUUGGCCGUAUGCAAAUCCGGUGUUGUCUAAUCGUUAUAAUGGACCAACGAGGUUCUCCUAUUUGUGUUUACAGCCAAGCAAAUUUCGAAGCUCCGCCCAUUUUGGUCCAUAUAAAAGUGCGACUCAAAAUAAGAAUUUUUAUUAACUAUGUAUUCCCAAUGACCGAAAUUCCUGACCUUUUCAUCUCUUCUUCUCAUUUCGAUCGCCAAAACGUCAAAACAUUUGCCUCCCGUAAUCGUCAUUUAUGGCCAAUAGAGCUGUGCCACCGCUUUGUAUGUUUUCGGGAGAAGUUUUACCGUUCUUCAAUUCUCCAAUCAUUCUACAAGAAGGCAAGUCUUCAAUUCUCCAAUCAUUCUACAAGAGGACAAGAAGGCAAGAAGGCAACAAGAAGGUGCCAAUCAACAAGCGAUAUUUUCAAUUUAAAUAGAAUGAGAACAAAUAUGAUGAUUAUGGAAGUUUUCUGGCACAUCGGGACGACAGUUGUAAUUGAAAGAAUGUUAAGCCACUACUACUGGGAUCAAGUGAGGAAUGCUCCUACUAAUGUGCCAGUUCAGAAUCAGCCUGCCAAUGAGCCUUCCACCUCAGAAACCGGACCUUCGGACCCUCUGUUUCCAGAAAAUAACCCAUUUUUCACCAUUUCGAAAUCUCUGCUUACUAUGAACAAUGCUAAGAUCAAAAUGCCGGAGAUUGAUCCAGCGCUUAUUCAGAUUUUAUUGAAUCUCUUUAGAGUUUUGGAUUCUUGA